AUGGCGAUCAAGGAUUGGGGCCUCUUAUCUCAGGCGGACGAAGAUGCGCUUCACAAUGUAUCCCGCCUACUAGCUGUCGAAGCUCGUCCAUACACAAAUACCGCCGGUCGCAUACUCAAGCCGGACUUCUUCGAGGAUGCGCGCCCCAGACAACUCCCCUCUCCGCCCCCAGAUGCCUCUGCCGCAGAGGAGGAAGCAGCGGCAGCCACUGUCGAGCGCGAGCAACAAGCACACAAUAUCGAGAUAUGGCGGAAAGACAUCAUGAAUGAGCUGUCACUACUAGACUUUGCGAUACUGCGAUCUGAGUUCACCACAAAUAGCAAUCACACUGAGCGCGAGCGUUACGCUGUUGAGAAGACGGCCAUCGAGGCAAAGCAAGAGCACGUGCGCAAGACGAUAGAAGAUCUGCGCAUCAGACUAGUCGAGGCCAAAGAGACACUCGCCGUACGUAAGACGUAUGACGAGCUCACGGAGAAGAUCACCAGCAGUAAGAUGCUGAAGCCGCGGGACGAGCAAGCACAUGCCCACGAGAAGCUGGACCAGGAGAUAGAAGAACUCAGAAACGAAGUGCAAUCGGCGAAGAACACCUGGAGUGAGCGCCGCACGCAAUUCGGACGAAUCGAGGAAGAGGCACGCGGCAUGUUACGCAUGAUCAAGGACGAGAAAGAGGAAGCUGAGCGCAAGGAGGGCAUGAUGAAGGAUGGAGACGAGGAUGGUGAGGGCGAGGGCAGCACUUCUAGAGGAGAUGUCAGCCAUGCUGGCACCCCGAGGCCGGAUGGUGGCAUGACUCCAGGGCAUGCCAGUCAAAGUGGAGAAGGUUCGUCUCUGAGGGUACCACCACAGGAUCGCUUGAAGCCUCUAUCGCGGGACGUCAGCGCUGCGCCAUCCCCUGCCAGAUCUGGUGCUGCGGAUGACGCAGAGAUGGUAGAUAUGGGGGCAAACUCAGGAGAUGGAAACGAUGGUGAUUCUUCCGGUCUUGAAGAAGGCGAAGACCUUGAAGAUGGGGAGGAAGAUGGCGAAGAUCGCUCAGAGAUCAAGAUGGACGAGUCGUGA